CCACAUUCACCUGAGCCAGUUAUUGAAGAAACGAUAUAUGAUCAAUCACCAUCUCGUGAACCAUUCGACGAGCGAAAUGUUGUUGAAGAAGAAGUGUUUCCAUGUAGCGGAUCUGAGGUGUUCUCCGAACCAACACGAAGGAUGGACGAUUUUGAGUUGUUGAGACAACAUUGGGACGAAAUCGACGAUGAACUUCAAUUUAAAAAUGACGUUGGGGAGGGGAUUGAUGCCUGUGCUCACCAACCGGCAAUCGAGAGCGAUAUUCCAAGGGUUUCUCCAAUUUCAUUAGUCCCAGAAGUACAGCCAUUCCCGGAACCAUCUUCACCAGCUCCACCUCCUCCAAAAUCCGAGUCUAGCAUGAUAGGUGUAGCCUACUACUACCCGCCGCCGAAACCCGUACCUGAGAAACCUAUGGAAGAAUGUCCGGACAUCGGACAAGCAGUGGAGAAUCUUGUACAAAUACCGAAUUAA